AUGGCAGGUGCCAGGCAGCGUGUGCUGACUCCACCUCCGCGUCCUCGCACUGUUGAGCAACACUCGCGGCGACAGGUCUCCGAGAGAACCGAUGGCAUUGCGCGCAGACGCUGCACAGAUCCCUGCUGUGGCCUUGCGUUCGUGCUGUGCAUGGCUGCUAUGGCUGCGAGUUUGCGUGCUGUCCAGAAUCGGGACCUCCAGCGACUCACUCGGGGCAUAGACCAUCGCGGUCGUGUUUGUGGCUGGAGUGCUGGUACUGAAGACCUGGGCCUCCUACACUGGUGCACUGCAAGGAUGCAGCAUGGCUGGAUUCUGAACCUGUCAUCCCCGAUUUGCGUGGGCCGCUGUCCGGAUCUCGGUGAGCAUGCGCUAUGCCCAGAAGACCGGCAAGCCACGGAGGUGGAGGAGCCACAGGAAGGUGGACGUGUUCUCCUGGUUCGCACCGAGAAGCAGUUCCUGUCUCCUCAGCAGGUCACAGUGGAGACGAAGCCUUGGGUGGACCGCUACUGUGUUCCAGCGCGUGCUCUCGGCGAUGCUUUAGCAUCCAAACAAUCACUAAUGGGAGCUGUUGGCCCAGGUGUUCCCAUGGACCGGCUUGUGGGAUGCUACGAGCACCUUCGAAGCCUCCCUUCCACUCCUCGGCUGCUUGCUAUCGCUGGGGCUUGGGCGCUCUUUGUGAGCCUGCUUUAUCUCCUGUGCCUUCGCUUUUUCGCACUUCUUCUCUUGAGAUUGGCACUGCUGGGUUCCAGCCUGCUUUGUUUUGUUGCAGCUCUCGUCCUGAUAGCCGUGGCGAAUCCAGAUGCUGUACCAGGACUCUUGCCGUUGGUAGCGACAUCCAUGUCGCUUGCAACUGGCGGUCUCGUGGAACUCAACAUGGCCUAUACACUUCCAUUGGGCGAGAUGCCGAUCCUUGCUGGAGUUCUAAUUUCGGGACUGAUCCUUGGAGCUGUUCUGCUUCUCAUGAGUUGCAUCUCCGCGAGAACGAGCCUCGAGGUGUCAGCAGACUGCAUGCGGGAAUCCUGCGCCGUUGUGAUGGGAAUGCCUUCUUUGCUACUACUGCCGGUGCUGGAUGCAUUGGUGUGCCAAGUGAUGUGGAUUGUGUUGCUGGCUGGGCUUCCGGCUCUUCUGUCCAGCGCGAGUGUUAGUGGCAUCACUAUGUUCGGCAUUUCAGGAGUUUUUCGCCAACUUCAUUUAGCAGUCGUGGAUUAUGUCCACAUUGCAGCCCUGGUUUUAUCCUGCUUUUGGGUUCAGGAGUUGGUGGCAGCAGCAUGUUUGUUUGCGACGGCACAUUCGGUGGCGGCAUGGUACUUUGCUCCGGGCACCAACAUUUGGCAGAAAGUUCGACACUUGCCGGUGGCUCCUGCCGUGCAGGGACUUCUGGUGGCUCUCACGUGCCACUUGGGUUCCGUCGCUCGUGGGGCCUUCGCAGUUGCACUGCUCCGCUUUCUGCGGUGGGCGCUUUGGGCCCUUCACCUUGCCUUCGCGCGCCAGGAGGAGGGUGAGAAGAGCAAGCGGAAAUCACGAGGUUGCGGCGCUUGCAUCACAGUUGCAUGCGACUCAAUCAUGGCGGCACUACAAGCGUGGACGGAGUUUCUCAGCAGCCACGCCUACGUAGACAUUGCGCUGAGCUCCUCUUCCUAUUCCGCGGCUGCUUCAAAGGCCUCCAAGCUGCUCCGGAGCCAUGCCGGCGUCGUGUCCACACUCUCCCUGGUGGCAGCCUUCUUGCGUUUAGCGGGGAGUUGCGGCCUUGCUGCAGCUGCGGCCAUUGCAGCCAGGACUGCCGUAGCAAGGCAUUUGGAGUGGGAACCCAUGUUGUCCGAAGCGCGCUUCCAGUUGCAGGUGUCAGGCUUCCCGUUUGUGGCUUCGCAACUUUCCGUGCUCUACGAGGAGGUGCAGGCCGUGAGCCCGGAGCUGCUGGGUAUCCUUACUGCCAUUGCCACGAUGCUCAUCAGCCGAGCCCUGCUUUUCAAUGUGGAGUGCGCUGCCUGCACGGUGCUGUACUGCUUGCUUUGGGACGGCUCCGAUGGCGUCCUGGAUGCCAGCCACUUGCCGGAGUCCUUCUGGAAGUUUGCGCGGGAUCGGGGGAUUGCUUCCAAACGCUCUGCCAAAGGCCUGGAGCCUCGCCGCCUGCCAGAAGUUGAUCUUGUGAGAUGA